AUGGUUCGAGACUUUAUGUUUGUGACGCAGAUUCUUCGGCUGAAGGCGGAGACGGAGCGCUGUCGGACCAGAUUUCACACACGCUGGAGGCGCUGCGCCGGCACUCGCGGCAGAUCGCCGCGCGACGCGUGCGCCGCGUACAGUUCUCGGACCGAUCGCAGGAUGGCGCGCGCGGCGACGGGGUCGGUGAGUGCGGGGAGCGGUGCGCGAGGCUUGGGCGGGCGCAGCGCAGUGAGUGAGUGA